UGGAGACUCAAUCACAUUGUUUUGAUGAUUAGUAAUACUAAUUUAGUAUCACUAUUACCACUGUAUUAGUGAUUAGUAUUAAGAUUGUAGACAUCGUUUGGACACAUCUUUGGACACAUCGUUGUCGUGAUUGCCUGUCAGCCGACCGCUAGUGACUGUCAUUGACUGCGAUGGCCGUUGAGUCGAUUCCCCGAGACUUAAGACAUUUGAGAGCAUGUCUUCUCUGUUCACUCAUUAAGUCGUUCGAUCAGUUCGAGUUCGACGGGUGUGACAAUUGUGACGAUUAUCUGGGAAUGAAGAACAACCGGGAGAUGGUCUACGACUGCACGAGCAGUAAC